UUUAGACAUUCAUCUACACCAUCGUCAACAGCAACGUCAACCACAGCAGCAGCAGCAGCAGCAGCAGCCGUCCUCUCCCCAGCCAGAACAACAGCAUGCACAACGCACCCAUAGUUCCUUGCUGGAGGAUGGCAAUCCCAAAAAUCUGAAAUACUGUCAAGCAGAUAUUUGUGAAGCAUGGCCAUUUGAAUCCAAUUCAAUGGAUAUAGUAUUUCAAAGACACAUGAGUCAAUGCAUCACCAAAGACAAGUGGCCACCUAUUUUCAAAGAAAUGUGGCGUGUUUUAAAGCCGGGUGGAAAGAUUGAACUCGUAGAACAUGAUUUUCGCCAUCAUAAUCCGGGGCCUGUGUUAAAAGCCUUUGAUGAAUUCUGUCAAACGCAAUGCGAAGAGAAUCAGAUUGAUUUUGAAUUCACGGCUUCCGUCCUGACUUUAUUGGAAGGAGCAGGAUUCAGUCGAGAAAACAUUCAACAUACGAUCAUCGAUAUUCCGAUUGGUGAGUGGCCCGAAGAGCCAGAAUUAAAACAAUUGGGCUUUAUCAAUAAAGAGGUCAAAAUAGCCUUCUUUAGAAACCGAAGACAGUUUUUCAUCACCAAUUGGCAUAUGCUUUCGGAAGAUUAUGAUCUAGCAGUGCAAGAACUGUUGAAUGAAUACGAAGAGUAUCAUGGGUUUACUCGAUACAAUUGUUGGAUAGCGACAAAAACAUAAGCCAACGACUGGACACAUGAGAUGCUUCUCUCUUUAUGGGAGGGGCGGGGGGUGGACAAAGUGACCUACUGGAUAACUAUUUAUAUAAACACUUUUCUAUUGACUCAAUGCACACGUUACCAGUCCCUUUUCAUAAUUUAUAUUUCCUCCCUUAACAUACGCAAAAGACCCUGUAUACCAUAGAACCACGCUAAUGAUGUAUUUGAUACAGAAAGUUGAAAUCUAUUUUUUUUUUUU